AUGUUCACUGGGCUGGUCGAAUUGAUAGGGCGUGUCACGGAAGUGGUACAACACGAUGCCAGUAGUGGCUCGUUUGCCAUUAAAAUCGGCGACACUGCGCCGAUAUUGGGCGAUUGCCACAUUGGCGAUAGCAUUGCCGUGAACGGUGUAUGCCUCACCGUAACACGAUUUAGUCUCGAGCAAGGCGGAUGGUUUAACGUAGAUGUUGCGCCCGAGACGCUUUUCCGCACGAACCUCGGGCACGUCAAGCCCGGCGACGGUGUGAACUGCGAGCGCGCCAUGGCGCCGCACACGCGUUUUGGCGGCCACAUCGUGCAAGGGCAUAUUGACACUGUCGCGACCCUUGAAUCGAUUGUGCCGAACGAGUCCGCGCGCACGCUUACGCUGCGGCUCGUGUAUGAGAAGCCCGAAGAAGGCAAGCCUACGCUGCCGCUGCCGUCAACACUUUCGCCCUACGUGAUCCCGAAAGGUUUCAUUACCCUCGAUGGCGCUUCGCUCACUUUGAUUGAUGUAUCUCCCCCCAACGGGGGCACGCUGGAUGGGCAGACGAGUGAUAUCCCGACUAAGGAAACCAUUGAGUUCACUGUGAUGCUUAUUCCCCACACCCAGGAGCACAUCACACUGCCCAGCAAGCCAAACGGCGCGCGCGUCAAUGUCGAGUUUGAUAUGGUGGGCAAGUACGUCUACCGCUCGAUCCUCGGCGACCUGGAAGGCCGCGGCGGCGCGUCGACGAUGCUCACUCGCGCGGUUGAGAUCACACAGCGUAACCAUUCGCAUUAG